AUGACGACUCUGGACGAGUCACGAGUGGUGGACGGCUUCCAUUCGCUGCUUCAAGUCUCCCUAGCGCAAGCUCAAGCAGAGGGUCUGCUGAGUGUGUCGGAGCUGACGGGCGCAUCAGAGCAGAUACAACUCAGCGCUCCCUCCUUUGCACUCUUCAUCGCAGCCUUGCAGGCACGGGACGAAUCCAUCGCAAUGCCUGAUGGCUCGUUCGUCUUGAAUCACGACACUUGUCCAGUCAGCUUGAAGCCCUUCUUCGAAGUGUGGAGGAGCUGCAUACAGCCGAUACAGGCGCUUGAAUUGGACGAUAGGCACGACCUCGCCCGGUCGAUCUGCGGCAAACAGCCAAAACGCGCACCGAAUCAAGGACUGAAUCCGAAUGUGCACAGAAUACUGAUGGAUCUUCAGCUGGUAGCCAUGGAGAUCAAUCUAAGGUCUUCUUUUCAGAACCGCUUUGGAAGAGAUCUGCAGCACGUCGUGAAUGGUGCUGCGAUAAAUGUCACUCCGCGCUCUUCGGGAGAGGCUAGCCGCUCGCAGGCUAGUCAAGUCCAGUAUCAGCCCCCUCCAAGCUACGAUGCCGCCACAUACACUUUGCAUCAACAUACGCACGAUCACAAGGUCCCGAGCAUUGGAGCACAAUCCGGGGACCCGCAAGAUCAAGCUCCAUCCGCACAUUCCUCCAUCCAAUGCAACCAGACAUCAGCGAGCAGUACAGCGAAUCUGUCCUCUUCCGGGCAGGACGCUCUGACGCUCAUUAGAGAGACGCUGUUCUCGUCCCUCGCAGACUCUGUGAGCAGCCAGGAAAUGGGCAUGCAGCCGCACUUCUCUGUGCUGACACACUUUAUUCGCACCACGCAGAUGGCUACCAAUCCCGCCCUGGCGCAGCUGGUUGCUAAAGGCCAUCAAGGUGCACGAGGAGAAGGAUACGCUUCAAGGGCCUACUUUGCCGCUUUGACGCUUUCCAUCCUCGACGUAGCACUGUACCGCGUUGACGUGGAGCGCGGAGAGACGUCUUCUAAUACUGCUGGUCCUCCUCGACAAGUCGUUGUGAGAUGUGUCCAGACCGAGUCGAACAAGGCCUCAUCCAUAUCGCUCGACAAAUGCCCAAAGCACUUGAUACCGAUGAUGCUAGGACUCGGGGACAUCGCUUCUGCUGCUCAGACUCUGGCGGUCGCGGACGAUCAGAGAGCAAUGAGGGACGCGGAGCGGGGAAAGAGGACGAACGAGUCUGAAGGAGGAAUCGCGUGUGUUCGCACUAAGCUCCUGGGCACCGAAGAGCUGAUAGGAGUGGUGAAUGAAAGAAGUUACAGGGUACAAAGGAGGCAAGAUGAGCGAGCGCAGCAAAGGGGCCGCGGGUCUGCGCAAGUCUCGAACCCGCAUGCCAGCGCAGACAGCCGGCAGCAUACAGUCCUCAAUUCAGCUCUGUCGCACAGCCACACUCGCGAACGAAGCAGCAUCGACUCCUCCUCAUCCGCAGAGUCUAGAGAAGCAGACACCUCAGCUCAAAGCGUAGCUGCUCUUACGCUCAGGAUACUCAAAUUGGCUAUGGGUGAGUAGCAUUGAUCCCCGGUACGUCAGGCCUGUGGUUACCACAAUGAUGCUGACAAGGGCAUCAUCGUCCACGAUACUUUGCGCCGCUGGCCUCGCUUGCCACAGCCAUGUUCCAGUUGCCUGCUUUCAGAGAUCGACUUCAAGAUGCAUUGCAAGUCCUCGCUGCUGUACAUACCCUAUAG